CAAAACGAGUCCGAAAUCUUCAAUGAACACAAAGCGGGGUGUCCGUUCCGACUUUACAGGACAACUAAACACAAGUCGGCGCCGCAGGGCGGUAAAGACGGGGGCGAUGAACGGGCGCCAUGGAAACAGCAAAGGUUGACGAAAGCGCAAGCUAACGUGCAGUGCGAACAUGUUGAUGCUAACUCUGCUAGCAGACACGGCAUUGUUUAAACCACUACACAACAAUAUAGACUCCUGUACGAGCGCCUUUAUCAAUUAUAUGCGUUCUUUAAUUCAAAUAAACGGGUUUGGUCUACGCGCUGGCCUGUAGAGCCAGCGGGGAUAGGAGGGGCUCGACGCCGGCGAUUGUGUGCGCCUGCUAGCCUCCGACAUUACAGAGAGCCGGUGUAAGGCUACUACAACAAACCCCGGCUCGUCGAGUCCACCAAAACGACCCCGGCUAAUUCCAAAAACCUCAAUACGCAGUAUAGUUAACCUCGCUCUCACCUGGCCGAUGUUAUGGAAACAUUUAUACCGGUUGUAAAUCCAUUCCGUAUUUUCAGCGGGUGUCCGGCGGUGAACAAUGACGUAGCUAAUUGCCCAACGGGGACAUCCGGGUACCUGCUUUAAAAGGAAAGCUCCCAUUGGCUGGUUCUGUCGCUCCUUCGGUUGUGCGUCUGCGUGACUAGUGUCUUCCCUCCAAAUGCAGACUAUAAACACGAGUAAGGUAGCUCGCUGCGGAAAGUAGUUUGAAAAUAAUCACGCAGUAUGAGAAUGCCAACAUCACUCAGGAUUUUGAGAAAAAUAUGAAAACUGACACACACACGUUCCUGUCACAAUUUAAGGGACGAAACUAGUAUGCAUGCGCUCAUACACAUGCAUAUACACAUGUAUUUACAUGGACAGGAAAAGGUACUAACAUAUACAUAAGCAUGUAGCAAUGAACAACAAAACGAUCACAUCUCUAUAAGGAAAAAAAGAGUCAUUAAACAAGUACCAGCUAAGCAUUGUAGAAACAGGCAUGAAAUAAUCAACGUAAACAUUAUUGGAUGACAUGUUUAUGUUCUUUUUUCUUCUCACCAUGCACAAAACAAUAUAAAUAUGUAUGACAGUUACAUGGUGAUUACCUUAACCGCAAAUCCACGUUUCCAUGAAUGUACUCCACCCAUAUCUGAUUACUCAGCAGUCUCAUUAUGUGUUUGGAGUCAGUCUUCGCCUAAGGACAUGAAAAGAAUAUACGAAGUGACAUUAAAAAUACAAGCACUGCGAUGUACUGAAACAGCAAGACAUAGCUUUUGCUAAAAACGAUGAUGUCGUGUCUGACAUGCCAAAUAAAAUCGCACGUAUGACAUCUGGCACAAACCUUGAAUUAAAAAAUGUUGGAUAGUCUUUUUCCAAACUGCGCGUUUCUAUUCAAUGCAGUAGCUGUUGUGAGUGGACUGCUGAAAGAUACCCGCAUACAGACUUGAUAAAAAAAAAAACAAAAAAAAAAAAAACUUUAGAGAAUGUUGAAAAAGUAGAUUUUUAUUUUAUCAUGUUUAAAUCAAAAUAUCUAUGCUACUGCAAUAACUGUGGGAUAAGGUAAGCAACUGGGCUCCGUGAAAGCGUAUAUCUUAUUAUUCCUCUCAUUUUCUUGAUAUUUAAUGGAAUACCACCAUUUGAAUUCUCUAUUUGAUAAAUACUCCAACUCUUGUGUCCGAAACUGUUUGAACAUAUACCGACUAUGGAUGGCGACCAACCGGACCCAUUCACUUAAAUUCAGUUUAAAUACACGAAACACUGUUGCAUGUUUUCAAAAACGUAAUAUAUAAACAUACUGCGAAAUGAAAACCAGGAGAUUUCUCGAUUUUAAAGUCAGUUUAAAAACGCUAUAAUUCAUGUAUUAUAAACUUUAUCGUAUAUCAAACUGCCCAAUUUUUAACUCUAUAUAUUUAUUUGGGCGUCAUUUUUUUCUGCGUAUUUUUGCGCAGCUGUGACUCGCUCUAACGACCCACGCAGAUAGCGCGGCACACGCAUUUGCCGAAUGUUUACAACGUCCAGAGUCACUUUCAUUGAAGCCAUUACUAACAACAGUAUUUUGUACCUCUGCACCAACAUUUAUGCACUGAAAAUUGAGGAGGGAUGGCGGAUAUUUGCUCUGAACCUGCAGGAGCCAUCAAGGCCAUUGACAAACACUCAGUUCACCAAAUCUGUUCAGGGCAGGUCGUGCUGACUUUGGCCACUGCAGUCAAAGAACUGGUUGAGAACAGCAUUGAUGCAGGAGCUACCAACAUUGAUGUGAAGCUGAAAGAGCAUGGAGCCGAAUUGGUGGAAGUAUCAGACAAUGGCAAAGGAGUGGCAGAAGCCAACUUUGAGGGAUUAACAUUGAAACAUCACACAUCAAAGCUGAGGGAUUUUUCCGAUCUUAUCCAUGUGGAAACUUUUGGCUUCAGAGGUGAAGCCCUGAGCUCUUUAUGUGCCCUAAGUGACCUGAGUGUUCUGACCUGCCAUGAGGAUAGCCAAGUGGGCACGAAGCUAGUAUUUGACCAUAAAGGGCACCUAGUUCAGCGUCUCCCUCAACCACGGCAGCAAGGGACCACUGUGAGCCUGCAGAAUCUCUUCUACACGCUUCCUGUCCGACACAAGGAGUUUCAACGCAAUAUCAAAAAGGAGUUUACCAAAAUGGUUCAUGUCCUGCAGUCCUACUGCAUUAUCUCUACUGGAGUGCGUAUUACCUGUGCCAACCAAGCCGGACAGGGUAAACGCAGCACAGUUGUUAGUACAAGUGGGAGCCAAAAUAUGAGGGAUAACAUUGGAGCCAUAUUUGGCCCCAAACAGCUGCAGAGCCUUCAACCCUUUGAACAGGUUUCUCCUGCUGAAAAUAUUCUGGAAGAAUAUGGACUGAGGAAUGCAGACUUGCCAAAUGAGCUCUUUUGCAUCACAGGAUUCAUCUCUCAGACGGAACAUGGAGUUGGAAGAAGUGCCACUGACAGACAGUUUUUUUUCAUAAAUAAACGACCAUGUGAUCCUCUGAAGGUGAGCAAACUAGUAAAUGAAGUCUAUCACAUGUACAACAGACACCAAUAUCCAUUUGUGGCCUUAAACAUCACUGUUGCCUCAGAUUGUGUUGAUGUGAACGUCACUCCAGACAAGAGGCAGAUCUUCCUUCAGGAGGAGAAGCUCUUGCUGGCGACACUGAAGUCUUCUCUCAUCGGCAUGUUUGAAAGUGGGGUCAACAAAUUCACCCUCAACUCCACCCCAUCACUCAGCAUCAGUAAGACAACAGACUCUAAACCAGGUGUGAUGGUGCUGUCUGAUCCAAGUGUGCAAGACUCUGAAGCUGGCGUGGAGCCCGCAGCCCACAGCUCCAAGGUGUCACUGUGCUUGGCUGGCCUGAAGGCUGCUUUCUCAAGUUACCAAAGCUCUAAUUCUGACAAGAACAAGGUGACAAAAGCGGACAGCAGUGUCCCCAAACAAAAAACACUUCAGUCUUUCUUCAGGGGUGGAGGACAACCCUCUCUGGACCGAAAUCCAAUCAUGAAAUCUUCUUUUAAAGCCACGAGAGAAUUAACUUCAUGCUCAGCGAAACCAACAUCAGUGCUGGAUGCAUUCAAGUAUAACUCUGUUGAGACAGAUGAAGGAGAGGCCAAUUAUCAGAACCGCUUUGAACAAACUAAACCAACACCAUCAAAGUCUCCUCGGCGAAUCUUUGAAGAGGUUAAAACUGAAAUGGAAACAUCAGCAUUUCCAGAUGAAGCCGAGUCACAAAAUGAGUGCUGCAGCGACAGUCCUGAUGCCAAAAGAGCCCGAAAACACGCCCCGUACGCUUCAUCGGACAGUGCAACUGAAGACUCUUCCUCCUGUGCAGUGGACACCCCGGUGUAUUUACAGAAGAAGUUGGUGCUGUUGCAGUUCUCAUUGCAGGAGCUGGCUCAAAGAGUUCGGAAGCUACAUGAGUGUCAGAAAGGGAAGGCUCAUGGGGAUCUCCAGUACAGGCGCUUCAGGGCCAAAAUCAACCCUGGUGAAAACCACAGCGCUGAGGAGGAGCUGAAGAAGGAGAUCAGCAAAGAUAUGUUCAAAAGGAUGGACAUAAUAGGUCAGUUUAACCUGGGCUUCAUCAUCACCAAACUCAACUCGGACAUCUUCAUGAUCGACCAGCAUGCGACGGAUGAGAAGUACAACUUUGAGAUGCUGCAGCAGCACACAGUGCUUCAAGGACAGAAACUCAUCGCCCCUCAGAAACUUCACCUUACCGCAGUCAACGAGAGCAUCCUGAUGGAAAACAUUGAGAUCUUCAGGAAAAAUGGCUUUGAGUUCCAAGUGGACGAAGAUGCUCAGGUGAUGGAGCGUGUGAAGUUGGUGUCGCUGCCUACCAGUAAAAACUGGACCUUUGGCCCCUCUGACAUCGAAGAGCUGAUCUUCAUGUUGAGUGACUGUCCUGGCGUCAUGUGCCGACCAUCACGGGUCAGACAGAUGUUUGCUUCCAGAGCUUGUCGCAAAUCAGUGAUGAUCGGCACUGCCCUCAACGUCAGUGAGAUGAAGAAACUAGUGACUCACAUGGGUGAGAUUGAACAACCCUGGAACUGUCCACAUGGAAGACCCACCAUGAGACACCUGGCUAACCUGGACAUCAUAAGUCAGGACUAAAGACUGCACCAGAGCACAGUUCUGGAAUGAAUAGUAAUUUGUUUGAACUAAUGUUGUCAAAACGAUUAAGAGACUUGCUCCAUUUAAAGAUCAGAACCUCUUGUUUCUCGCCGUCCUAGACAUUUCAUGUUCAAUUUCUAUUUUUAUUGAUUAUAUAUGUUCAUUAAAAUCAUCAUCUCAGUUAAGGAUGCCGUGUUUUAAAUGUAUUUUAUUUGUAUAAAAGUACAAAUUUGGUAAUUUUUUCAGGCAUAUAUAAAAACACCACAAAAUGUAAUCAAAUGAUAAAAUACUGGGAAUGAUAAUGACACCAAUUUCUUAUCAAUAUUUUUAUGUCUAAUCCAAGCUGUAAUUGAGCUGCGUGCAGAGAUGUUACUGUUUUUGCUAUUUUAAUACAGCAGUUAAAAAAAUGAAUACAAUCUUCAACUAUGAAACAAAGACAGAAAAAUAUGUACAAUUUUCAGAGAGGAGGGGUGAAGACCAUCAGGUCACUGGGACAGACCGACUCUCGUAUCCUGUCCCUCAAGUUUGGGGUAAAGAGAAGCAGGCAAUUCUCUGCUGACUGACCCUAAAAGAAUGAGAAUAAGUAUAGAUCAAAACUCAGCAUGAAAACUGCUACUUUCUCUCAUAGAAAAGAUGGUUCAAAGUUUUACCUGUGGCAGAGGUGACUGCAGAGGCAACACAGAGGGCAGCACUGAUUCUUCUGCUACUGUUAAAAAGGGGCAACGGUAAGUAACAGUAAAUACAUUACAGGAUCU